GGAAGGGAACGUUUCAGAAGUCUUGCAGCCGGAGGACCACGUGAGAGUACAUUGGAUAGUCGGUUUAUUGGAUAACGGGGCGCAAUGGAGUGAAAAAAAUAUAAAAAAUAUUCGAGCUGUCAGUGAGCAGGUCUGAAUAUCAUUACAAUGCAGAGACGUAGUUGUCUCCCACUACCUCAAGAGAUUUAUGUAAAUAUUUUCAGGUGUCUGUCUGAUGAAGAGAAAGGAAACAUCCGUGCCACAAGCAGACUAUUUAAGCAACUGAUUGACCAGCCUGCUUUAUGGAAAAAGAGCACAGUUGUCCUAAAAAAAAUCACCGGCUAUAAUGCUGACUUCUGGGAAUUGUUGCGUAAAAGAAGAAUAAAGUGUGUAGUUAUGAGAAAGGGAAAUGCAAAAUGUUUAAAAAAGUUGCUUCUGGAGCUACCAGGACUGACAGCUCUCACUUUCGAUGGCUGCUCAAAAAUUAACAUGUUGCAGUUGCCAUGUAAAUUCCAAAGCCUGAACAAGUUGGCUUUCAAAAACUGUCAUCCUUCUUUUCCGAUACAAGACAUAGCGAGUGUGCUGCAGAUCACUCACUUGACUUUGUGUAGCUUUGUAGAACCUUUUCCUUGUGCUGAGCAGAUGGCCACACUUGUUUCACUUAAAAAUCUACGUUCACUUGCUCUUCAUAACUACUGCCGGGACCCAAAUGGAUGCCUUCUUCAGUCUGCCUUGUUUGAAUUCCACAAUCUCAAGGAAUUAUCCCUUAAAGAGAAGCCAUUUUCUAUGGUUCUGCACCCUGAUUUCUUCACCCCUCCAAGCAUAACAAAAUCUGACCGUAAAGAAAAGCAGACAAAAUAUGAUUCUCGACUUCAUCUAGAAAAGCUGGAGAUACUGGGGUCUAAUAAUGUCACCCUUUCUGAAGAAUCUUUGAAUCAGUUGAGCUCAGUAAACAGCUUAACCCUGCAUUAUGACCAUCAAAAAAAUAGCUUGGAAAAGUGUGAAAUGGUCACAAUUCUCAAAAAUCUUCCAAAUUUGAAAGAGCUCAGAGUUAAAGGAGGCUGGUCGUUUUCCAAAUAUGCCCAUUCAAUACCUCCAAGUCUCGAAGCCCUGCAUUUAUGUAGAGUGGCUAUAGGCAAUAAGGAGCUUGAAUACUUAGCACGUCAGAGAGCAGGACUGAAACAUCUUCACCUGGACUACUGCAGUUUUACUGAAGAGUGGUAUCCUGAUGAGCUCCCAGACAACUUUCCUUGCUUAAAAACCUUGAGCAUUCGACACUGCAAAAUCACCGUUGAUCAGUUCAGAGACUUGGCCAAGCUGAAACAUCUGGAGAUGCUGGACAUUGUAGAUAUUUGUCUAUUUCCCACAAAUUGCUUACAAAAGUCUGUUCAGGAAUUUCGGAUUCUUACAGACCACAGGGUCCAAGUUGUGCAACACCCAGGAUCAAGGGAGCAGAUACCCUGUGACUGCAGUGCUUGCUGAGGGGUUUGGGUCCAAUCUUGGUGGAUGUACAGUACAAAAAUCUGUGUGUUUAUUACUUUUACUAUUUCUAACUCUUCUAAUUGCCAUUCUGAUGUAAAAAAUAAAAAACAAAAAGGUCAGAAGUGAGCAUGGGAACUUGAUUGUGUGUUCUUUUCUUUUUUCAUCCCAAAACAGAUCUACUGCUGCAAGCUAUUUUCUUUUAUAUAUUGCAGUGGGGAGUGUGAUGCAUGUCCCAGUCUGCUUGUGCUAAGUGAACAAGUGAUGCGAUUAAUU